AUGCUGCGCUCCGGCGCUGCCACCGCUAGCUCCGCCGCGGUCUCCAGUCGCGGCGUGGGGCAGCGCAGUCACGGCCUGUCGCCUCGUCAGGUCGGCAUGCGUCUUGGUAAAAAGACGACGAAACCAGUCCCUGGACUCCCUAGUGCUGGUGCCUUGGCACUUUGCGUGCACGACCGCUUUCAACGGUGGUGUAAUGCGGGAGGCGAUGACACAACCCAUGGAGUGCGGCGAUUCAGACUGAGCACUAGUGCCCAGCACAGCGGCCAUCUCCGCUCCAGUGAACGCUCCCUGUCGGCGGGUAGCAAGGAUGAAGCACCGAGCACAGCCAUCCGAAAUGUCAACGCCAGCACCAUUGACGCGAGGCUCGCCGCGAAGGACCUCGCGGCUGCGGAGGAGGAACUCCGCCGCCUACAGGAGAACGUUGACGCCUUCGCCGACUCCUCCUCGUCUUUUCGGGAAGAGGAUCAGCACCCCAGCGGAGAUGUCGCGACUAGUGCGGCGCCGCUGACGUCAUCCUCCCCUGUCCCGAGGGAGGCGAUCGCUUCGACAACCGCCGCCGACGUGGAAGGCAAUGCAACGAUCGUUGACAGCGGUGGCGGCGCCGUGCCUGAGUGGCCGGAGCCGACGCUGGACGAUAUUGACCGCUCCAUUCCGCAAGUCGACUGCGAGUUCAUCGCCAGCCUCAUCCGAAGCCGCAACCUCCGCCGAGACGAGUUCCUCACCAAGAAGGAGGCCGUUAAGCAGCGCGUAGAGGAGCUCACCAAAAAGAUGACGUCGACUGUGAACGAGGUCGUCAAGUUACCCUUUGUAGGCGGGCUCGGUCUUGGCUGGCUCAGCAAGCUGAAGGGGGGCGAUGAGGCAGAGGGUAGCGAGAGUGGGCUGGUGGCCACGACCACCGAGGCGCCGGUUGUUGCGUCGGGAGCGGUGCUGGAGACGCUGAGCGCGGAAGAGAAGGACCUGCUGCAUACGACUCGUCCCGAGUACGACGACGGCUUUGUUCUACUCGAUUGCCGCACCGUGAACGAAGUGACUUCGUGGGGCAUUAUAGAAGGCGCCAAGGUACUGCCCGCCCACGAGCUCUUCGAGGCCUUUCACGCGGCCCCGGAAGAGUUCAUGCAGGACUACGGCUUUGCCAAGCCGAGGCCAGAGGAUAUCAUCAUUUGCUACUGCCAGUACGGGCCGCGCUCGCUGAUGGCAGCGCAGAUUCUGAGCUGGAUGGGCUACCUAAAGGUUAUGCACUUCAGGGACGGCUACUACGAAUGGGGCAAGCAGUACAACCUCCUCCUACGGCGAUGGAUGGAGCAUGAUAAGGAGAGCGGCAACGAGCUUCGCCGCCUCGCUACCUUUCGCGCCGGCCUUGAGCUGCAGCGUGAAAUCGCCCCCGAAUUCAACGCACUACCGAUGCAGGAGGCCCGCCAGUACCUGCGAGACACGACACGCAGCCCUGGUAAGUUGGUGGUGGGCGAUGGUCUGCGGCUGGAGGCGUACAAGAUGGUGGCGAAGCUGACAGAGGGACUGGCACCGGCCUCGCUGCCUGGUGUUCUCGAUGAUGAUGACAUUGCCCCAACUGGUAGCAGGGGUGCUGCGGAGAGCCAGAGCACCCGGACGCGUCGACUCGGGGAACAGCAACUGACGCGAUUUCUCGAGCAGGCGACCGGCCUGGACCCGAAGAAGGAGCUCAGUCGGCCAGCCCUCUCUAUGAACAUGGGCCAAGCCCAGGCGACGGUGCUGGACUCCUUGGCGUAUGGGCACGAGCUGGGUGCCUCCCCGGACGCCAAGACAUCGCCUUUGUCGCAGCCGCCGCGACGGAACUAG